AGAAUAGAGAAAUAUCGUCUCUGGUUUCCGUACGAACUACGAACAAAACAAGUGCCGCUUCCUUCCAAAUUCUCGGUCUCAUCUGCAGCACUACACGUCAAUCCCCGAAUUUACAGGCAGAAAUAAUAGGAACGGCAAUGGCGAUCUCACUGCAAUUUCUCCGAAAUUUCGACUAGAGAUCUCUUGUCUUCUCCCCAUGGACACUCUCCCUGCUUUCUCGUCCACUUCUUGGCCAAACCCUAGCCCUAGCGCCACCUCCAACUUCAGCGACCUGUCUCAGAUCCCCGACAACAUCCCUCCGACGAUGCUUCGAGACGCCGCCGAAGACGAGGACGAUGCUGUUCUUGGCCCACCCCAGCCCGCCCUCGUCCAAAGCCCUGACUCUAAUUUUCACGAUCAACGGCACUCUCACUCCAUUCCUAAUCUGCUCCAUGUUUCAUUCAAUCAGGACCACGGCUGCUUCGCCACCGGCACCGACCGCGGCUUCCGGAUCUACAAUUGUGACCCCUUCCGCGAGAUAUUCCGCCGCUAUUUCGAUGACGGUGGCGGCGUCGGCACCGUUGAGAUGCUUUUCCGAUGCAACAUACUUGCUUUAGUCGGCGGCGGCCCGGAUCCCCAGUACCCGCUGAAUAAGGUCAUGAUUUGGGACGACCACCAGAGCCGCUGCAUCGGCGAAUUGUCGUUCCGGUCGGAGGUUCGCGGCGUUCGGCUCCGGCGGGACCGUAUUGUGGUGGUUCUGGAACAGAAGAUCUUCGUUUACAAUUUUUCGGACCUGAAACUGUUGCACCAAAUUGAGACGAUUGCCAAUCCGAAAGGGCUUUGUGCCGUUUCGCAUGCUGCGGGUUCGUUCGUCUUGGUUUGCCCCGGGUUGCAGAAAGGGCAAGUUAGGGUUGAGCAUUACGCGUCCAAGCGGACCAAGUUUGUCAUGGCUCAUGAUUCCAGGAUUGCCUGCUUUGCCCUCACGCAGGACGGGCACUUGCUGGCUACGGCCAGCACGAAGGGCACUCUCGUGAGGAUUUUUAACACGUUUGAUGGUUCGCUGUUGCAAGAGGUUAGGAGGGGGGCAGAUAGAGCAGAAAUUUACAGCCUGGCAUUUUCUUCAACUGCCCAGUGGCUAGCAGUCUCAAGCGACAAGGGCACUGUUCAUGUUUUUGGUCUUAAGAUUAAUUUGGGAAACCUUGGGAGUGAUAAGUUACAUGGUGCAUCUGAUCCCAAUCGUGCCAUUUCAUCGCUCUCCUUCAUAAAAGUUGGAGAAAUUGCUGACAGUACUUUGAUGGAGAGGAUUUGGGUAAAUAAGAUUCUGGAAACAAUUAUGUGCAUAUUAAUCACUGCAGGGGUGGCAAAAAUAGAAUUGCUGUUGCCAGAGGUUCCUUCUUUUCAAUUAGAAAAUUGUCAUAGUAAAUGUGUGUUCUGGUGUAAAAACUUUCAAUAAGAUGUCAUGAACAUAACAAGGUAAUUUCUCUUAGAGAAGGAUUCCUUCAUUUCUUCCUUUUCCUUCAUUGCUUUCUGAAACAAAAAGUCCUUCAACCAUGCCAAAGAUUUUAAUAUUGCAUACUAUCACAUCACUUUCAUCUGUCUUUGGCUACCUUUUCUUCUGCAUUGAACAUGAUGGACAAGAUUUACAGAAUGAAGCUACAGGAAGGCAUUUAGGAUAUAACUCAUUGAUGGACCAGGAAUACACCAUUCAACUGGUUCUUUUCUCUUGGCACAAUCUCAGUUUUACAAGAUAUGUUUGACAUAUUAUUGUGAUCUUUAAAGUUUAAAGAAUUAGUUUUUUCUGUGCUAUUGACAAUGCUUUGACUUCUGGAUUUUGAGUGAACCAAAGACAAAUUGGUGUAUUUUUAGAUUGUUUGGGACAUUCGCUAAUGGCGUAUCUUGUUAAAACAGAGAUUGGAAUUCUGUUCCUUUAUUUCUUAUGCAAGUUCAAAUUCAUUUUGUAUUUAGAGUGAUUUUGGUCUCUGUUUCUUCAUUUUGAAUUGUGGGAUCUUUGAUGUUACUU